AUGGAAAAUAAAUCGAUGGAUUUGGAAGCUACUCGAAGUCGUCUUUCUACGCUGAAAUAUUCUCAGUUAAGAAAAGCCGCAAAACGUUAUUCAGUCAACGCUAAUCAAAAGAAGGAAGUGCUAAUAAUGGAACUGUCAAAAGUUUGGAAAGGUCAUGAAUGCAAUAAAGAAAAUAUUAUUCCAAAGAAAGUUGCUGAAUCUGAGGUGGCCUUGUCGCCUAAAAGUUUCCUGAAUGACACACUUAAUCAAACUUUUACUGUUGAACGAAGUGAUGAUAACAGUGUGGAGCUAUGCAACGAAAAAUUAAUUGCAACAACUGAAAAUCUAAUUGAAAAAAAAAACAUCUCUGAACAUAGUGAGGAAUCUAAUUUCGUACCAUCAAAUGCUUCCAGUUUCAUUCGGAAGGUGAAUCGAAAUAUAAGCACUCUUUGUAAGAACAGAUCUGCUACACGUGGUGCACAUUUAGUUGUUGCACGAUUUGCCGCACUCCAUCAAAAGUUGGCUGAGAAACAGCCAACUUUGCAAGAGGCAGAUGCAAAUGUGAAGCGGAAGUUUGCAGAACAUGAAAGAAAGGUUCCUGAUACUUUCAAAAGGUUAGCUACACCGAAAGCUUCGAAGAAAGCAAAACCUGGAAUGGAAGCUGCAUUGAAGACUACUGGGUAUAAGUUCAAGAAUGUCAGUGAAGAUUCAUCAAAGAUGAAUUUUUCAUUUUCAAAAUUAUAUGGCACAAAAAAUGCUUUCACAACGGUGCAGAAUUACGCUGAUGUUGAUUCACAGUCUCAAAUACCACUAUCUCGUAAACAAAGGAUGCCAGAGGUUGGUGUGAAAGAGCUGACGAAAAAACUCAACACUAAACAAGUCCGACAUUCCUCGAGGCUUAACAAGUUAAGUAGACAUACUAAUUCUACAAGCAUACCACAACUAAAUACACGUCUGCGGAGAUUGGCUACUCCGAAAGGAAAAAAUCCUGAAUUGUUAUUAACCGAAAGCGAAGAGAAAACGCUUCGUAGAUAUGGGCGUCGGUAUGUACCCUAUCGUCGUAUGAUACCUUAUGUGGACACCACAAGGAUGACUGAUAACCAAUUUCAAGAAGCAAAAAUGCUCGGCAAGAUACAGACAAUCACAGCUGUUUCUUCAAGAACCGAAAGACGCCAACAACUUCACUUGAAACGUGACCAAGCUCGUCAACGGAUAUUGAAAGCGAAACGUGGCUGUUGA